AGAUCAAAGAAAAUCAAUUGCUUUUAUGUGGAAUGUCCCUUAUGACCAAAAAAAUUACCUUAAUUCAUGGGCUGUUCGAAUCUGUGAUGGCUACAAAGAUGCAUCUGCUGAUUUAUAUGCGGAUAUGAUUAAGAACUCUCAUAAUGGGGAUGGUAAAUCUUACAGACAUAAUUUGGACUACUAUGACUGGAGUUAUUCUGG